CAACUAUUCGUGCGAAAGCUUCUUUACGUGAACAUACGUGUUUGCUUCUAAUUUUUCGUUUGGAUAAAUAUAGAUAUGCGGGCUCUAUCUGGGUCUGCGCCGAUUCAAGUCUCAACUCUCAACUAAUCAAAUAAGGAGACCGGAGUAUUCUCAAUCGAAAUCAUCCCGACAUGAAAGUCAUUGAUGUUUGUUUUAGCACGAGCUUAUUGGAUACGAAAGAUUGUCAAAAUGACUUCUUCAGCAGCCUGCCCGGCAGUGUAAAGGAAGCCAUCUUAGCAUGUUUGCCUCUUAGAGAUGCUGUGAGGACAAGUGUGCUGUCAAAACACUGGAGGCAUUCAUGGACUAGGCUCCCACACCUUAAAUUUGACAGCACACUUUGGCCACAAUUAAGUGCGAAUGAAGACUCUGCAUUUCUAACAUGUAUCAGGCGCAUUUUUCACGUUGUGUUGAAUCAUGAAGGUCCUAUGACCAAGGUCACCCUCUCCAUUCCCGGAUUUCCCGGGCUAAAAGGUUGCCCAGAAAUCGACUACUUAUUGCUCACACUGUCAAAAAGCGACGUUGAGGACCUCAAACUUCACAUAUGGUCUGGCAGCUUAUUAUAUAGAUUGCCUUCGGCGUUCUUCAGUUGUCACAAACUGAAACACGUAUCUCUUUGUUCUUGCUUGGCCCAUCCCCCUCUUGGCUUCGCUGGAUUCAGCCAGCUUCUCAGCAUUGUAAUGAUUGAUGUAUCCAUUGAUCCUGAACACCUUGGAAAUCUGGUAGCCUCUUGCCCCCUACUCGAAUUAUUGAAGCUGAAAGUGUUUCCCGCACACGAAUCAGUACUCGACAUUCAUGCUCCUAAACUCAAACACUUUCAUAUACUAAGCAGAAUAAAAUCUGUUUGUUUCAAGAACACCCCACUCCUUGAGCAAGUAUCGUUUCUGGAUCGCGAGAAAUAUGAAGAACAUUCAAUGCAAGGAGACUUCAAACUUGUUGAGCUUUUCAGUUCUCUGCCUGCACUUAGGCUUCUACGUAUAGAGUCUAACUUCACCAAGGGUAUAGCCGCAGGUGGAAUCCCAACAAGUGCUAGUUUGAGAGCAGCCCACCUCAGCUCUGUUAGAAUGGCAUUGUUUCUAGACGAUUUGGUGGGGAUGCCAUUUGUAGUUUUCCUGCUUAGGAUCUCGCCAAACUUGAAAGAGAUCAAAAUUUCACACAUUGCUGGUGCGGGCAAUAUCUCUGAGAAACUUCAUCUCCAUUCGCUGGAUGUGGAGGAAUACUCAGAUGUAAAACUGGACCAGCUCAGGGUGGUGGAGAUGAAAGGUUUUGCUGGUGCAAGGAACGAAGUGAGACUUGCAAAACUUCUUCUGAUCAAAUCUCCGAGGUUGGAGAAGAUGGUCAUUCGAGCCAAUGCCAAAGUGUGUGCCGAAAAACAACUCCUGAUACUUAAAAAACUAAUCCGUUUGCCCCGUCCUUCACCAACUGCAGAAAUCAUCUAUGAAUAGGUGGGCAGUUGUUUCUGUGUGUGGAUGCCACUGCUUGGCAUUUGUUCCUUGUUCUUACUUUAGAGAUGUGGUAGUAAUUAUGUUUAGGUUUAAUAUUUAGAGGGUGCAGUGUUUGGGAUUGUGGCAGAUUAUUGGAGAAGCUAAAGUUUUAAGUGGGAGUGGAAAGCAGCUACAUAUUUUGAACUUUGUUCAAAAAAACUUCUGGAACCAAU